AGACCAUAGUACCUCAUCUCUAACCCAGUAUUUAUGUAUCUUUGAGGCAGAAAUCUCCAUCCAAGAAGAGAGAAGAUUUGGUAAAUCUGACCUGGCAGGGUGCCUCAGUCCCUCCAACUCAGACCUCUCUCUUCCCCUCUGUUCCCCUAGUUCCCACACUCCCUCGGCCCUCCAAUGCCUUAGACUUUCCCCUGCUUUAUCUCUUGCUCAGGCACGUUCACUCCUUUUCCAGAACACAGGCCUUGCUACCUGUAGUUGCUCCCAUCCUUUUUCCUUUCUUGCUUUCCUCCCUCAAGCCAAACUGGUUUGAGCCAGCCACACCCCCAUCUGAGGUGGGGUGCUCAGGUGGUGCUGGCCACCCAGUCCCACCCCUGGGCUUGGCUAGGAGCCCUGAGUCAGCUCCAUCUCUACCCACGCCAAGUCAAACCUGAGCAGAAGCCGAAACUCCCAGUCCCUCAAGGCCUAGAGCCAGGUAAGAGCCCCCGUUCAUUUCUACAUUCUCUCUUGACAGCUCCCUGGACCCUCUCCCCCGACGUCUGUCUGUGUUUACCUCACCUGGGUUUUUUCCCCAUACACACUUCUGCAGCUCUGUGGCAUGUGUCAUUCUUCUUGCUGCUUUUUCACCCUUUCUAUACUUCGUUGCUUGUGUUCAGAGAAACUGCAGAUGUUUCCAUUUUGUCUAGGCUAUAGGGGAAUGGUUGGAGAUAAGGUGGAGAGGUAAUUUGGUGCCAGAGCUCAGAAGUCCUGAGAAAUGGGGAGUUGAGAAAUAAUGAAGGAGGGUAUCAUUAUGCAGGUUUCUGUGUGGGUGAUGAGGUCAUUCGGACGCUGAGCUAAUCUGAUUGUGUCAUGUGGCCGGCUUUGAAAUGGAAAGAGGAGGUGGCAGGAGGGAGUCAGCCUAGAGAGGAAGGCCCCAAUUUGGGAAGGUGAGUUCUCUGAUGGUGAAUUUCCUCACUAUACAGAGAGCAUAUAUGGGUGGUUUCCCCUCCUCUCUCCCAUCCCCAGACUUGUUGGCACAUGAAAUGGCUGCUUUGCUCGAAGUAGGGUGCGGGAUAUAUUCUCUGUUCCCUCCUUGGUGUCAGGCAGUCGGAGGAACUCCAGGGAAUUUAGGGCCCUUUGACACACAGCUUAAAAUCUGACUGGGACAGUUUCAGAUUCCCAGCAGCUGUUGCAAUUCUGUUUUUCUCCUUCCCAGCAUAGCACCUGUCUUUGGGCUUCUCCCCACUUGUCAAAACAGCAAGUAAUACAGAUAAUACUGUGUUCACAUGGCUUGUCUGUGGAGACUCCAAACCUUAGGCCAAGGACCUGAGAUUUCCUCUCUUGGUCCAAGUCACUCAAGGAAUUCCCCUUACAGAAAAGUGGCAUUCCUGAGGGCUGUGCCCCUGGCCACUAGGACAUGAUCAGAGGGGUGGAGUCUGUGAGCCAGGCCUCGGCUCGGUUGGGCUUGAAAGUACCGUGACUGUCGCCCACAGGUAAUGGAGGACGAGGAGAAGGCGGGUGCCAUCUUGGUGAGCACCAUGGACGCGGCUCCUCCAGCCCCCACCCGCUGCUGCUGGCGCCGCCUAUGCUGCUUGGCGGCCACCAGCGUUAUCUGUGGCUGCUCCUGCCUGGGAGUCAUGGCCCUCGUGUUUGCCAUCAAGGCGGAAGAAUGGCGCAAGGCAGGCCAGUCGGAGGAGGCCGUGCGCUGGGCGGCCCGGGCCCAGAAGUUCAUCCUGGCCAGCUUUGCUGUCUGGCUUUCUGUCCUCGUCCUGGGUCCCCUGCUUCUGUGGCUGCUCUCUUACGCCAUCGCCCAGGCUGAGUGACCCUGGAUGGCCUCUGCUGAGUCAGCCGAGACCUGGAUCCUGCAGUGCGGCAGCGCUAGGGUCCAGGGCAGUGGUCCUUCCUGGCUGCACGGACGGUCUUUCCCUCAAAGGGCGUUGAGCUCCUCUUUCUGGCCCUUUAUAAAAGGAGGCGGCAGCUGAGACUGAUGAUGUCAGCCUGCUCUGUUCUUUCAGUGCCCACCGUUCCCUGUUCCCCCCCCCGCCCCCAACUCAACCCCUCUUAGGGGCCUCUACCCAGAGGUGGGGUGUAAGACCAGGCCUGAUUGUAUUAGAAUUUGUUUUGUAAUAAAAACCUUUUUUUA